AUGUUUAUUUGGAUAUUUACCACGUUAACGGCUGGAGUUGCAGCACUGUUGGUUUUUCAGAAAAUGUUUUACCCGUAUUUCUGGGACGAUUUGAUGUAUUACUUAAAGGUCCGAAAGGUCGGGAAGGCGACGAUGGCGAGGAUGAAGCGCGGAGUUCUUACCUUUCUCCACCGCUUCUGCGAUCAGGCAAAACUAACUCCUAAUAAGCCGUUUAUUGUUUUCGAGAAUGAAAUGUACACAUACAGGGACGUGGAUCUACGAAGCAACAAGUUUGCGAACUUGUUUAAAAGUGAGGCUGGUAUAAAACACGGAGACGUAGCGGCGCUGUGGAUGAGUAACGAACCCGACUUUGUGUGUGUUUGGUUCGGACUGAGUAAACUGCGCUGUGAGGUGGCUUUCAUCAACUCCAACAUCAAAUCCAAAUCUCUUCUGCACUGUCUGAACAGCUGUGGAGCAUCAGUCCUCAUUGUAGGAUCAGAUUUGGUAAAAUCUCUUGCUGAUGUCCUCUCUACCCUACUGGAAAACAAAAUUAACGUGUGGGUCACUGCAAAAAACUCCUCAAAUCCGGACGUCGGGACUCUGUUGGAGAAAAUAGAUCUGGCCUCAGAGGAGAAGCCACAACUAGAUCUUCCCCCUCCAAACCUCACAUCAAACUUUCUUUUCAUCUUCACUUCCGGCACCACAGGUCUUCCAAAAGCUGCCCGAGUCAGCCACAUAAAAGCUGUGAUGAGCAUGGCCUUCUUUCGCAUGUCUGGGGCAAACGAAAACGAUACCAUCUAUCUUACCCUGCCUCUCUACCACAUGGCCGCCUCUCUCCUCGGGAUUGGCGGGUGCAUUGAUCUAGGAGCUACCUGUGUCCUGAAGAGAAGAUUUUCUGCCAGCCAGUUUUGGAAGGACUGCAUCAAGUACCAGGUUACUGUGUUCCAGUAUAUCGGAGAGCUUUGUCGAUACCUAGUCAACCAACCAAAGACUGCAGAGGAGACGGCACAUAAAGUACGUAUCGCUGCAGGGAGCGGCCUACGAUCAGACGUCUGGAAAGAGUUUGCAAGUCGCUUUGGAAAAAUCAGGAUUUGCGAGGGGUACGGAUUAACCGAGGCCAGCAUCGGCUUCGUUAACUACACCGCUGAAAUCGGACCCGUCGGGCGUGCCAGUUAUUUUAACAAGCGCAGCCUACCUUUUGAAUUUUUGAAAUGUCACCCAGAAACCUACGAGCCUAUCCGAACAGUCGCAGGACGCUGUCUGAAAGCGAAUAAAGGUGAAGUAGGCUUGCUGAUUGCACCCCUGUCUUUCACCAACCCUUUUCUUGGUUAUGCGGGGAACAAGGCGAUGUCUGAAAAGAAGCUGCUGAGAGACGUGUUUAAGGAGGGGGAUGUGUAUUUCAACACAGGAGACUUAAUGCUUCAGGACCACAGAGACUUUGUCUACUUUAAAGACAGGAUAGGAGACACGUUCAGAUGGAAAGGAGAAAAUGUGGCCACAACUGAGGUGUCAGAAGUUUUAGGAUGUUUGGAUUUCCUGCAGGAUGUGAACGUCUAUGGUGUCACUGUGCCAGGCUAUGAGGGGAGAGCAGGGAUGGCAGCAGUAGUGUUAAAGGAAGGCCAUGAACUGGAUGGAGAAUGCCUGUAUAGCCAUUUGAUUCAGAACCUUCCAGCAUAUGCCUGGCCAUGGUUUGUAAGAGUCCAGAAUUCCUUAGAUGUGACCGAGACCUUUAAGCAGCAGAAGAAAAAGCUAGUGGAGGAUGGCUUCUGUCCUCAGGCCAUACAAGAUCCACUUUACUUUCUGGACAGCUCAAAAAAAACCUAUAUUCCACUCUCUCAAAGUGUGUACGAGGACAUCGUCUCAGGCCGGAUAAGACUCUGAACAUGUGUAUAAAUGUAUAGAGACAGGUCAUGUGCAUGGAAAUUUACAUUAUAGAUUUAUUUUAUCACAGAACAAAAUUCCUACUUUUACUUUGUUUUAAUGGAACCAUUUGUUCAUAUCGUCCAGAGUUUAAGUUUAAAAGCUAAUUUAUCUUUUAUAAUAUAUUGACUUUUACCUUAAAUAAAAAC